UAACUAUUUGGGAUUCAAAUCUUCACCGUUUUGGUGGUGGUAAACCUAAUUAACACAAUUACCUACUUUAGACCGAAAUCAUAUCUUCCCCCACUCUAACUUUUUUUGUUACCAUACAAAACAAACACCAGCAUCGCAGCAGACAGCAGUAAAUAAUUACAACUCAACAUCUCAGUUCUCAGGUCGCAGGAAAGUACAAUUUACCUUUUGUUUUUUUGUUUUAUCUUAUCUUAUCAUUAGGAACAUGAAUUUAGGAAUUUACCCAAAAAAGUAAAAACUAGGUUUCAGUUUCACAGACACACCUGUUCCUAUUUGUAACUUUCACGUGCUUACACCACACGCUCCAUGCUUCCCACACACAUCAUUCUCUUAUUAUUAAUUUUCUGGUAAUUCAACGUCGUCACUUGUUGUACGACAACAUUAAACCAUCCAAACCAAAAAAAAAUAAAAAAAACAAGAUCCAUUUUCAUAUCUCUCUCUCUCUCUCUCUCUCUCUCUCCAUGUUAUCAAUGGUGAAGUCUUUGGAUAUUCUGAAAACACCUUCUUCUGUCAAAAUCAUCACUCUCACAAUCUUCUCUCUAACCCUUCUCAUCUUCCUCUUCACUCGUUACUCCUCUUCAACCACCACUAUCUCUUCCCUCACCUUCUUCUCUCCUCCUUCUCCAGAAGAUCACCAACAACAACAACCACCACCACCACCACCUCCACCUCCUCUUCAACCAACUCCAAAACCCUUCCGUAUACCACCCUUACCCCCACAAGAGAGAAUUGGUCUAAUAGACGAAAAUGGUGUCAUGACAGACAAUUUCACAGUCAGCAACAACGAUGACGAUGAAACAUUGUUAAAUUGGAGCUUGAACAUUACCAACAACAAUAGUGAUACGAAUUUUGUGGUGGAGGAGGUGAAGAAAGUGAAGAAGUAUAAGAUUUGUAAGGAUGUGAGAAUGGUGGAUUAUAUACCUUGUUUGGAUAAUUUUGAAGAGAUUGCCAAGUUUAAUGGAAGUGAAAGAGGGGAGAAAUAUGAACGUCAUUGUCCGGAACAAGAGAAGGGUUUGAAUUGUGUUGUUCCUCGGCCUAAGGGUUACAGGAAGCCGAUUCUUUGGCCCAAGAGUAGAGAUGAGAUUUGGUUCAGUAAUGUACCCCAUACACGUCUGGUUGAGGACAAAGGUGGCCAGAAUUGGAUAUCAAGAAAGAAGGAUAAAUUUGUUUUUCCAGGAGGUGGAACACAGUUCAUACAUGGAGCAGAUAAAUACCUGGAUCAGAUUUCCGAGAUGGUUCCUGACAUUGCAUUUGGUUACAACACAAGAGUUGCUUUAGACAUCGGCUGUGGAGUGGCUAGUUUUGGUGCAUUUUUGAUGCAACGUAAUGUGACCACUCUCUCAAUAGCACCAAAAGAUGUUCACGAAAACCAGAUUCAAUUUGCCCUUGAGCGUGGUGUGCCUGCCCUAGUCGCAGUAUUUGCUACACAUCGUUUGUUGUUCCCAAGCCAGGCAUUUGACCUCAUCCAUUGUUCAAGAUGCAGAAUUAACUGGACUCGUGAUGAUGGAAUUUUGCUUCUUGAGGCCAACAGGCUUCUGAGGGCAGGUCGCUACUUUGUAUGGGCAGCACAGCCUGUAUACAAACAUGAAGAGGGUCUUCAAGAACAAUGGAAAGAAAUGGAGAGCCUGACAGCUCGCAUGUGUUGGGAACUUGUACGGAAAGAAGGUUAUAUUGCUAUAUGGAGGAAACCUAUGAAUAAUAGCUGCUACCUUAGUCGUGACAUUGCUGUGCAUCCUCCAUUAUGUGAGUCCAAUGAUGAUCCAGAUGAUGUUUGGUAUGUUGGUCUAAAGGCAUGCAUAACUCAAUUACCUGAUAAUGGGUAUGGAGCGAAUGUUACUAACUGGCCUUCACGCCUCCAUCAACCACCAGACAGGCUUCAAAGCAUCAAAAUGGACGCUUCUAUAUCCAGACAGGAGCUCGUUAGGGCUGAAUCAAAAUAUUGGAAUGAAAUAGUAGAUAGUUAUGUGCGAGCUUUCGGUUGGAAGGGGUACAACCUAAGAAAUGUAAUGGACAUGAGAGCAGGGUUUGGAGGGUUUGCUGCAGCAAUGCAUGAUCUCCAGAUUGACUGUUGGGUUAUGAAUGUUGUUCCUGUUAGUGGAUUCAAUACCUUGCCUAUUCUAUAUGACCGAGGGUUAAUAGGUGUUAUGCAUGAUUGGUGUGAGCCAUUUGAUACAUACCCAAGAACAUAUGAUCUGCUACAUGCAGCAGGUCUCUUCUCUGCUGAAAAAAAGAGGAAAAAAUGUAAUAUUUCAACCAUCAUGCUCGAGAUGGAUCGGAUGCUAAGACCAGGUGGUUAUGUGUAUAUACGUGAUGCUGUACGUGUUGUUAGUGAACUUGAAGAAAUUGCGAAAGCAAUGGGAUGGGUGACUACCCGGGAUGAUGUAGGAGAGGGUCCAUAUGCAAGCUUGAAAAUAUUAAGGUGUGAGAAACGCUUCUGAAGCCAAUGUAACAUGGUUUAAUUGGUAAGGAUUCGGCUCAUAUCAUACAAGAAUAUGAUUUUGAAUGUGACUGGUCUACCUUGGUUAUCUCCUGAGACUCAACUCACCUAAACUAUAGUUCAAUUGUAUGAAUAGCGUAGAGAUUCAUAUACUGGUUCACGCAAACAGAAAAUGGUGAUCUCUGUAUAAUUCCAGAAAGGUGAAGAGUUAGUUCCAUACUUCGCACCAAUGUUGAAUCCCUACUAAUGGGUUUUCUAGAAGAGUUUACUUUGUAUCUAUUGAUAGUUUAAUUUUUUUACAUUGAUAUCCAAUCAAAUUUUAUUACUUUGAGAUGUAAUAUAUUUUUUAAAGUGUCUAUACAAAUAUCUAUAUGGUGAAAUGCAAUUAAAUGUAUGUGUACAAUCAUUUUA